UAUUGUGUUUUUGCUGGUCGGACCCCACUUCCGAUCAGUGGGAAAUACGCACAACCCGGGAAGUGGUAUUCAUUAAAGCGGGCAAUCGUGUAUAUUUACUGUCUUGUACGAAAGUGGAGACUGUCUGCCAAGUUACCAGCAGGUGGCGAUUGUUUAUUAUUGGAAACCAAAUAUGGCUGUGCUGGAUUGGAGCAACCAAAAUCUCUUCCCGUUCACCCAUUGGCGUUUGAUUCUAUGUGUAUUGGUGGAGUGGACAUGCAUGGCAACCGACUGGUUACACGUAUUACACGGCUACCAGACAGAACUGCUGAGGUAUGGCUGAUGUUGAAGCUAGCUGAUGGCCAAUACUACCAUUUUCCUAGCUUCCCUGACACCAGGGUGUGCAACUGUGACGGGGAAAGCUUUACUGCCGGAGGAUUGCAAUUUGAAUUGCUUAAACCCCUGAUGAAGUGGAGGGUAACAUUUAAUGGCCUGCUUAGGGAAGGAGAGAUAAAUGAAUGGAAUCCAGAAAGUGAAGGAAAGUUGGUGCAUGUAAAGUUUGCUUUCAUUUGGACAGCCCUUACUGGAGAGUUUUCUGAUGAGAAUGACAGUGACCCAUGCACAGUGUCUGAUGCAGUUGCUAGAGAACCAUGGCGUAGAAAACUCAAGGAUAAUUUAUUGAACAUUAGUAAGGUGAAUCAGAGGUAUGAGGUAUGUGGACAGCUGCUCGGUAAACUAACUGUGGAAGGUGAGGCAGAGAGGACACUGUUAUUGAGAGGAGUUAGGGAACAUUCCUUUGGCAUUCGGGACUGGAAGACAUACAACAGAUACAUUUCUACCUGGGGAUACCUGAAGGAUGGAACUUUGUACUCAUUUUCGGCCAGUAGUAUUCCUGACCUUUUGAGUCACAUUGUCAGCGGAUACAUAGUCCUGCCAAGUGGGCAACGUUGUGUGCUGAAGUCAACCGACCUGCACUUGUCACGACUCGGGGAGUUUACACAGCCUCCUGAUAAGUUUGACUUCAACGCUGUGGCAGGCCAUUUCGAGUGCACUAUUACAACAGAAAAAAGACAGGAGCAGAUUCUCUACGUAGGAGAGAGAUGGAGUGCCAAGAUUCAUGAACAGUUAACUGAUGUAACAAUAAAUGGAGUCAAUGGCUGGGGAGUCACAGAGUACAUGUACAGGUAUGAAGGAUCCUGUCCAGUUCCUAUUCAGAAUUCUACUCCCUUGCCUAGAGAACCAGAGAUUGAAAAUAAGGACACUCUUGCACUAAUGUUUAGCGACCUCAGAUGCACUUCUUCUCAGUUAGUUGGAGGCAAGGGAGCACAGCUCGCUUUACUAAGCCAGCUUCCUAGCAAGUUUCAGGUUCCAAGUGGGUUUUGUCUUACUGUAGCUGCCUACAGACACCACCUGAACAGUAACAAGCAACUUAAAGACCUCAUGCAAGAGCUUCAAGAUGUGUCUUCUGAAAAAAGGCCAGGUGAUCGACACGAAAUAUCAAAAUCACUUGUGGAAAAAUUCAUGAAAACGAAGCUUGGUCCACAGUUGGUGACGAUAAUUCUGGGACAGUUGACAGAAAUGUUUGGUGACCAGUGGGAACAGAAGGCAUUUGCUGUGCGCUCAUCUGCAGUCGGAGAAGAUGGAAAAGAAACAUCGUAUGCUGGACAAAUGAAAACAUUCCUAGGUGUUAAAGGGUCAAACAAGAUCUUCGAAGCUAUCGUGAAAUGCUGGGCAUCUUCGUUUGCCUACCAAGUUGUGGAAUACAGGAGGAACCAUGGUCAGGUUAUAGCAGCAGAUGUGGGUGUCUGUAUACAGGAGAUGCUGAAUGCAGAUGUUGCUGGUGUACUCUUCACUAGAGAUCCAGUGUCUGGCAACCCUGGUGUCAUGACCAUCAAUGUGUCAUACGGAAUUGGAGAGGCAGUUGUAUCUGGAGCGACAGAGCCAGACACAAUCUAUCUGCAAAGAAGCUUCUCUAAUAAGCUCAGCAUCAAAGAGACUGUAGUGGGAAGGAAGGCAAUCAAGAUGGUUGUAGACAGUGAAUCUGGAGGACUAGUGCAGAUUGAGAUGGAGAAUGAAGGUGAAUGUUGCCUUCAUGACAAAGUUGCACUGGAACUAGGAUAUGUUGGCAUACAGGUUGAACAGUUGUUCGCUUCGGAGCCACUAGACAUCGAGUUUGCUCUGGAGGAUGGUCAGAUUUACCUGUUGCAGUCGCGACCAAUCACAUCCCUCAACAUGGAAUCAGAUUACGAGCUCAUGCAUGAACAUGAUGGACCAUUGUUUAGUGAUGAUGAAAUGUUUACAAAUGCCAAUGUUGGGGAGGCGAUACCAGGUGUAAGUUCACCGUUAUCAAAUGACAUUGUUGUUUCUGCAUUGGCAACACCUGGACAGUACUGGCGGUCAACUAUUGCAGGCUUCGGUCAUCGUUCAAAGGCUGAAACAAUGCUUACAUCAUUUUGCAGACAUAUUUUUAUGAAUAUGUUGGGGGGUAUGUACUACAUGAACGAGUACACAAUAGGGAAAAACACCAGGCAGGCAAAAGAUGAAAUAGAACUGGGACUGUUCAUGCGUUCUCUGGGAGAUGAAGUGCUUGAUGUGAUUCACAAUCGUUACCGCACUACAAAAACGUCGUGGUAUCAAAAAAUGAGAGGACAGUUUUUAUGUUUAUAUGAUGUACUAAUAGUACAGCGCUAUGUCAAUGAAGGAAAGUCACUCGCAGAGAAAAUCAAAGCAGAUAUGAGCAUCACCGAUCUACUCACAUUCUACAAUGAACUUGGAAAGGACGUAGAAGCUAAUAUGAAUGCAUGGUACUCCCAUAUGCAUGUCACGUACACAUCUAUAUUUAGCUCUGGAAUACUGCAAGCCAUCUUAAGCGGCCAAGGCUCUUCAGAAGAUGUGGUGUCAGAUCUGGCCAUGCUACUAUCGAGUUGCAAAGACGUGGUCAGUGCUGACAUUCCAUCUGCUCUCAAAAAAAUUGCACAUGCUGUGAUUGCUUGUGGGAAGGCCGAGUUCUUCCAAGGAUUGACUUCAGAAGAAGCAGUUGAAUGGCUGAGAUCAGAUGAGAGUGGUAAUCUAAAAGAGCUAUUCAAUCGGUUUAUUGAAGCUCAUGGUCACCGAUGCAUACGAGAGAUUGAAUUAUCAGAGAGACCAUGGAGGAUUCAACCAGUAAAAGUUGUUAAAAGUUUACAGUUUAUGACGAAGUCACCAGACCAGCUGAAAGACACAAAGCCAUACAUGAGCGAUGAUGAAACCAUCAACAAGUUAAAAACCCCCAUAGGUUUCAUCAGAAAAAAACUUCUACAAUACGUGUUGCCAAUAGCAAAGAGAAAUGUGGGUAUGAGAGAAAUGACUAAAAGCAGUGUCAUAAAAAGCAUUGACUAUAUGCGCCAAGUGAUUGAUAGACUGGCUGAACUGCUAGUGCAAGAGGGCUACCUUCCUGACAAAGAACUGAUAUACUACUUCACCUAUGGCGAGAUUGAAAAGUUGAUCAUCUCUCGUUCAGCCAAACUGAUCAUCAAAGCAACAAGAAGACAAAAGAUGACACCAUCUAUGAUGAAUUUUAAAUUCCCAGAGGUCGUAUAUGGCUAUCCAACACCGGUUGAAGAGUACUGCUCCACAAAUGUUUCCACUUUGCAGCAGGUCAUAGGUAUGCCAGUAAGUCAUGGAAUUGUAAGAGCCAAAUGUAGAGUUGCAAAAACACUAGAGGAUGCUGAAAAUAUUCAGCAAGGAGAGGUAUUGAUUACACGGUCAACAGACAUCGGUUGGUCACAUUUCUUCCCAAUAAUAUCUGGACUAUGCACAGAGAUGGGAGGCAUUGUAUCACAUGGAGCUGUAGUAGCUAGAGAAUAUGGACUGCCAUGUAUUGUAUCUGCCAGGAAUGCCACAUCAAUAUUCAAGACAGGAGAUGAAGUGAUUUUAAAUGGAGCUGUUGGCACAAUGGCAAAAGUUGUUUAGAAUGUUCUGUAAUGGGCAUAAACAAACGUUGCAAUGAAGAGAGUAAAAGAAAUGGAAAUGGAAAAAGAAACAGAAUCACGGUGACCUAUUUGGGAGGCGUGUUUUAAAGAUCGCAUAUUUAUGUAUAUUAUAUAUAUUAUAUAAUACAGUGUAAUAUAUAUAUAUAUAUAUAUAUAAUAACUGAUAUUGACAUCAGAAUUUGAGUGAGUCGAUCUAUUCAUAAGCAGGAAUGUUUAUACACACAUAUAUAAUUUCUUAGUAUUUGUACUAAUCAUAAGCUAGACUGAGAUUUUUAGCUAUUGUGUAUACUAAAUGGGGUUUCGAUCAUAAAUCAAGUAAAAAUGACAAUGCGUAUAUUUUUAAGGGGACUUACAUUUAUAAACAUCAUAAAAUAAAAGCAGUACACUUUUUAGUGAUCCUGCUCCCCCUGUACAACCCCUAUACCCACAGUAUACAAAACAUCAUUUGAAAUUCUUAUUGGCAACGUAUGUUAUAAAAAAACCCUAAAUUAUAUUAUCUACGCUCCCACAGACUAUUUUCUUGCUGUCUUUUCUCGAGGAUAUCAAUAUAAUUGUGAUAAUAUUGAUAAUUGUGAUCUGCUCCUAAGAUUGUUUAUUAUUAUAUAUCAGUUUUUUAAACAAUAUUCAUAUGGAUUUUAGAAUUAUGAUGAGGUGAUGGGAUCAUGGGAAACAUUAUUUGAUAGCAGGCGUUUCUUUCAAUUAUUAAGUCCUAUCAAAUUUACUUUUAGAUAUCUCUUGUUUAAUUACAGUGAUUUUUAUGAAAAUAAAACAAAUAUAAGCAAAUUG